AUGACGACGUGGGCCGCUGUCAUUGACCGCCAGGUCCUCCUCCGCAACGCUGCAGAAUUUCAACCCAUAGAAUGUCUCCUCGUUGCCCAUCGCACUGCACAGAACCAGUUACUGCGAAUGCAACAGCACCUCAAGGAGUUGGGUCAUGAAAAUGCGAAACUGGAUGAAAAGAACAAGGCUCUCGCACAGCAAGUGCGCAUGCUUGAGUUGGCGGCAGCUGGUGUCAUUAAUCGAACGGCUCGCGAAGAGGAGCUGGAGGCAAAGAUCGCCCAACUGGAGAAGAAGGAAAGCGCUGCGCAGCAGAUGCUGGACGAGAAUAGCCAAUUCGAGGCCCAGAGGCUUUCAGAGGAAAACAAGAGUCUGCGGCAGGACCUGGCACGUCUGAAGGAGCAGGAGACACAGCAAGAAGACGUGCUUCGGAUGAUGAAGAAUGAGUACGCAGCACUCAAGCAGGAAAAUGACCUGGUGCGGCCCAAGCUGGUCACACUCAUGGGCGAGCGUGACCGCUACGUCAAGGAUCUGCUGGCGACCAAGGAUACCAUUGCGAAAAUGCAGGAUAAAAUUCUGGAGUAUGAGGACGAGUUGAAUAGAAUGCGCAAGGAACGGCGCAUCAGCAGCGGUAGCGGUGGUGUAGAGGAGACGGCGAGCGCCGAAUGGCAGAUCGCUGCAACGUCGCGAGCGAAGUCCAAUAAGACGCCCGUAGCCAGGCACCGAGAUGUGUCCAGUAGCGCUGAUGUUUUGCCACCAAUGGGGGUCGCGUACACCAUCGACAACGCGCACGGUGAUCGCCUGCUGUACGCGGCAUGUGCGGCCAAUGGGGGGCAGUGGCUUAUUUCCGGUGGCGCAGACCGCAUGAUUCGCCACUGGGAAAGCGGCACUGGUGCGGUGCGGCGCAGCCACUCUAGCUUCAACGUGCCACUAUCUUUGGACAGCACGUCACAUUACCUACUGGCCGGCUGCGCAGAUGGCACGGCGCGGUUUUGGGACACAAACAACCUGCGCACAGUGGAGCUCACAGGACACAGUGAAAAGAUUGUGGCCGCGUGCCUCUCCCAGUCUGCGCACAGUGCCUUCACCGCGAGCUCGGACCGUACAAUAAAGCUGUGGGACGUCCGAAGCAGCGCGAUGCAACGUACAAUCAUGUGUCCUAGUACCUGCAAUGAUCUGUGUGUUCUUGACACCCUAAUCAUAUCGGCGCACUACAAUGGCAGUAUAUGGGCUUGGGACCGCCGCACGGCCGGACGCAGCACGGAGAUCAAGCAGGCCCACCAGCAGGCCGUUACGUGCAUCCGAAUGGACCACAGCGGUCAGCGCUGUGUUUCGUUGGGGCGUGAUGGCGUCGUGUCGGUGCGGGACCUCCGCGAUAUGAGCCGUGAACUCUUCCGUGUGGAGCACGAGGACAUACGUAUCUCGACAAAUCUCGCGCGACUCGCGCUGAGCCCGGACGGAAAGCUCUGUGCUGUGGGCAAUAUGCGUGGCGCAAUACUUUUUGUCUCACUCGAUGAUGGCAAUAUCCUCCCAGAACGGCUGACAGAGGGGCACCAGAUGGCUGUCCACAGCCUCGUGUGGACUCUGUGCGACACGAUUCCGCUCCUUGCAUCUAUCGGUGACGAUAAGCGCAUAGUCGUUUGGAAGUAA